AUCUGUGCUCAGCAAAUAUCUUGUAAUAUUUUGUUUUAAAUAUUUGUCACGCAUUGAGUGUAUAGCAAAGCAGCAAAAAAUUAUCACAACAAAUGUCUUCUAUAGUUUAUUUACAAAGGUAACGCCCAACUUGUAUGUUUUGAACACCAUAUAAUAAUGAAAACGAAGGGCGUUUUUAUGUUAGGCAACGAGCCUUCAAAAAGAUUACGAGAUGCUAGAACUGAUCAUUCAGGAAGUUCGGUCAAGAAAGUUCAUAACGCUGGUCACAGUUCCAGCAAACGGAGGUCUUCUGCUAUAGAUAAAGAUAAUAUAGCCCCAAAAAAACCACGCGUGGAUGUGAGUGUUAUUAAUAAUGAGGAAAUUCAAUUUGCUAAAAAUGUUGCUGGCAAGGAAGGAACACCCGCAUUUAAUCACCUCUUAGAUUUUCUAAUCGAAGAAAAAAGACUACAAAUUCUGGAAGAAAAAGGAAUAAAGCCAGCAAGCAUGUCAAGUAUUUUGGAUAAAGCGAACACUAACGCGUACAAAGCAUUUAAGGAUCUCUACGAGCUGUGGUUUGACGAAAAAGGAAAUAAAACAAAGUACUUAAAAACGCUAGAAGAAAAUGGGAUAAAUUUAUCGAACAUGUCCAGUAUCCUAAGUGGAUCAGGAUCAAAUGCUGCAAAAGCCUUUAAAGACUUACAUAAUCUCUGGUUUGAUGAAAAAGGGAAUAAAAAAAAAUAUUUGAAAACUCUAGAAAAAAAUGGAAUAAAUUUACCUAACAUGUCUGGUAUCUUAAGUAAAGCAGGAUCAAGUGCCGCAAAUGCUUUUAAAAGUUUAUAUGAACUGUGGUUCGAUAAAAAAGGAAAUAAAACGAAAUAUUUGGAAACUCUCGGUAAAGAAGGAGUAAAUCUACCUAAUAUGUCUAGUAUUUUGAGCGGAGCGGGAUCAAAUGCUGCAAAAGCUUUUAAAGACUUGUAUGACUUAUGGUUUGAUCAACAGGGAAAUAAAACAAAAUAUUUAGAAGCUUUAGAAAAAGAGGGGAUAAAUCUAACUAAUGUAUCCGGUAUUUUGAGCAGAGCAAAGACUAAUGCUGCGAAAGCUUUUAAAGAAUUGUAUGGCACCUGGUUCGAUGAGCGAGGAAAUAAAACAAAAUAUUUAAAAACUUUGGAAAAGCAAGGGAUAAAUUUAUAUAAUAUAUCUAGCAUUUUAGGUGGAGCCGGAUCAAAUGCCACAAAGGCUUUUAAAGACUUGUACACCCUGUGGUUUGAUGAGCAAGGGGAUAGAACACAACGCUUAAAAAAUUUGGAAGAAAAAGGAAUAAAUUUACAUAAUGUAUCUAGUAUCUUGCACAGAGCAGGAUCAAAUGCUGCAAAAGCUUUCCAGGAUUUAUAUGAAUUGUGGUUCGAUGAACAAGGGAAUACAACGCAAUAUUUUAAAACUUUAGAAAAAGAAGGGAUAAGUCUUGCCACCAUUUCAGAUAUUCUACAUGGGGUAGGGUCUAACGCUGCAAAAGCGUUCAAGGAUUUGUAUGAUCUGUUGUUUGACGAAGAAGCAAAUAGAACCCAGUAUUUGAAAACCUUAGAAAAAGAAGGGAUAAAUCUUGUUAAUAUAUCUAGUAUUUUAAGUGGAGCUGGGUCUAAAGAUGCAAAAGCCUUUGAAGACCUAUAUAACCUAUGGUUUGAUAAAGAAGGAAAGAAAACACAAUAUUUAAGAACUAUAGAGGAAGAAGGAAUAAACGUAUCGAAUAUGUCGAGUAUUUUAAGUAAAGCUGGGUCUAAUGCUCCUAAAGCUUUCGAAAACUUGUAUAGCAUUUGGUUUGAUGAAGAAGGAAAGAAAACACAUUACUUAAAAGCUUUAGAAAAGGAAGGAAUAAACCUAUCCAAUAUGUCCAGUCUUUUACAUGGUGUGGGGCUUAACGCUCCUAAGGCCUUCAAAGAGAUGUGUGAUCUUUGGUUUGAUAAAGAAGGGAAGAAAACGCAUUGCUUAAAGACUCUAGAAAAGGAAGGACUAAAUCUGACAAAUAUGUCCAGUAUUUUAAGUGGAGCGGGUAUUAAUGCUCCUAAGGCUUUUAAAGAUUUAUAUAACGCUUUUUUUGACGUACAAGGAAAGACGAAGCUGCAUUUAAAGCAUUUUAUUGCAGAAAACGAUGGGCAGGAGAGUUUCACAAUGCAUAACCUAUCUGGUAUUUUAAGUGGGGCGGGAGCUAAAGCCGUUGAUGCUUUUGAAGAAUUCCAUAGUGUUUGCUUUAAUAAUGACGGAGAGAGAACAAAACUUUUAGAUGAUUUUUAUAGAAUCGGCUUUAAGCCAAGCAAUUUAUCCUCCAUAUUAUGUAGAGGUGGAAAUCGUGCUUCUUCUAUUUUAAAAAAGCUCCAUAAUGUUUGUUUUAAUAGCGAAGGGAAAAAAACAGAACUUUUAGACGAUUUCUACGAUAUAGGUUUUAAGCCAAGCGAUUUAUGCAGUUUAUUGAGCGGAACAGCAGAUGAUUUAGAAAAAUUACAUGAUUUUUGUUUCACAAGAAAAACAAUAAAAUAUCUUAAUCAUUUUUUGGAUGAUAAAGAAGGUUUUACGCUAAGUAAUUUGUGCAAUAUAUUACACGGGGCAGAAGGAAAUGCUUGUUCUGCUUUAAAAGAUUUUCAUAAUGUUUGUUUUGAUAAUGAAGGAAAAAGAAGAGAAUUUUUAGAUGACUUCUAUAAUGCAAAUUUUAAUUCAAGUGAUUUAUCGGGUAUAUUAUCCAUGGCAGGAAAUAAUGCCUCUUCGAUUUUAAAAAAUUUUCAUCAAUCUUGUUUUAAAAAGAAUUAUUUAUAUGACUUCUUGAGUGAGGAGAAAGUUUUCAAGCCGAAAUAUUUAUCUAAAAUAUUAUACGGAGCAGGUAAUAAUGUUUGUCAGAUUUUUGAAAAAUUACAUCAUUUUUGUUUUGAUAAAGCAGGAAACAAAACAAGUCAUUUAAGGACUCUUAUUAAAAACAAUCCAUCGAAUAAAAUAAUUCAUAUAUUAUAUGAAAAAGUUCGAAAAUCUCCGUCUACUUUUAUAGACGAUACGUCAUUUCAAUAACAUUUUAUUAGUGAGUUGGGCGAGAAAAAGUAAGAAAAUGUAAAUGACUUCAUAAUGGAUCAUACGAUUCCAAAAAAAAAAGAGACUUUUAUGCCCAUAUAAAAAUUAAA